GAGGGCCACCUUCCAUCAACCUAUUACUCAGUCUUCCACUCACAACACCCACUUGAAGCCGUCUUUGUUUACCUAUUCUCAUUAUUUUGCAUAUAAAUACCUGCACUCAUGCAUUCCACUACACAAUCAUUACAAACCCUAAUCUCCUGAUAACAACUAUAUACUUUCAUUUCAUAUAUAAACUGCACUUCACUUAAUCAUAACUCAUCAUUCACUUUUACAAAAAUAUAAUAUAAAUGGAGGGUACUUUGUUUAAGGUUUUGUUUCUUUUGUUUGUUUUAAGUAUUGUAAGCACAUUAGUGCAUGGGCAAGGAACAAGUGUAGGAUUCUAUUCAAGUACAUGUCCUAAAGCUGAAUCCAUUGUUAAGUCCACAGUUACAUCCCAUGUUAACUCUGAUUCUUCUUUGGCUCCUGGUUUACUUAGGAUGCACUUCCAUGAUUGCUUUGUUCAAGGUUGUGAUGCAUCUGUUCUUGUUUCCGGCUCAGGCACUGAGAAAACAGCAUUUCCAAACCUUGGUUUGAGAGGCUAUGAAGUUAUUGAUGAUGCUAAGACACAGCUCGAGACCGCGUGUCCCGGUGUUGUCUCUUGUGCUGAUAUUCUUGCCCUCGCUGCUCGUGAUUCGGUUGUUCUGAGUGGUGGACUGAGUUGGCAAGUGCCUACUGGACGUAGAGACGGACGCGUGUCGCAAGCUUCAGAUGUUAAUAACUUGCCUGGUCCUGGUGAUUCUGUUGAUGUGCAAAAACAAAAGUUUGCAGCAAAAGGCCUUAAUACUCAAGACCUUGUCACCCUAGUUGGUGGGCAUACAAUUGGUACAACUGCAUGUCAAUUCUUCAGCAACAGAUUGAGAAACUUCACUACAAAUGGUGCGGCUGAUCCUUCCAUUGACCCUUCAUUUCUUUCCCAAUUACAAACACUAUGCCCUCAAAACAGUGGUGCUACUAAUAGAGUUGCAUUGGAUAAUGGAAGUCAAAACAAAUUUGAUAAUUCUUACUAUGCUAAUCUAAGGAACGGACGUGGGAUUCUUCAAUCUGAUCAAGCACUGUGGAAUGAUGAUUCAACAAAGACCUUUGUGCAGAGAUAUUUGGGUUUAAGAGGGUUGCUUGGAUUAACAUUUAAUGUUGAAUUUGGAAGAUCAAUGGUAAAGAUGAGUAAUAUUGGAGUUAAGACAGGCCCCCAAUGCAAAGUUCAAAAAGCAAAAUAAGAAAAUUGGCUCGUUACAAGCUCGUUGUAGCGCAAAGUGAUAACACUGAAACACACCGCGUAUUUGACUCAGAUUGCACAUGCUUAUUAAGUUUUUAUUGUCAUUUUCUUGUGUUUUGUUUUCCUUUUGUCCUAUUUUCAGAUAUUUUGUCCUACAGGAGCCUUUUGUGAAGAAACGAAGCCAAACGAGCAAGAAAUCGAAGUUUUUGUAGAAAUUUGUUCACAAGGCGUCCAACAUGGCGUCCGUCAAGGAGGGUGCCAUGACGUGUAAGCUGUCAACCGGUGGUAACUGCCAUGUUUCCCAUGAUCUUUCCAUGUUGUACACACGGCGGACGCCUUGGUGGGGAUGGCGGACGCCACCUUUGUUGGCACGACCCCACUAAGGGAAGUUGGAGGACAUUUCUGUCUUUGGCGAGCUUUUUAAAACUUCUAUACAUAGGCGUUUUCACUUCACGAAAAGGUAUCCAACUUAGUUCACAACACUAAGCCUAAAGUUCACCAUUGUAAAAGCGAUAAUCCGUCACAUCGGGGGAUUAUCGCACUUGAGUUGUAAUUAGGUUGGAGCGCUGUACAAACAAUCUUGCCGCAAUUUUACUUUUCAAUCAAGUUUUCUUUUCAAGUGUACCAGAAUAAAGUCUCAAAUUUGGAGCAGAUUUCUUAUUCAAGUUAUUCGCAUUUACGUUUUA